AUGCUUCGUCACGAUAUAUGCUCUGGCCUUGCUGUUCGAAUAUACGAUAAGUCAUAUAUUACUAUUCGACAACUUUGGAUAAUCGAAAACAGUAGCAAAACUCCUCAUAGGUUUGGCACCGUAGCAGCCAAUCGAUCAUUCCUCUCAACGAGUGUUUCCGUAUGCCAAUCUGGCGAGCUUUAUCAGAUUAGCGUUGAUGUAUUGCUCUCUUUAGUUCGCCUUGCAUUGGUGAAUGACGAGGCUGGAAUGGCGUGGCGGCGUGAAGCCCUCUCAUCCAAUACCCUGAGAUGUAAGAAAACAUCGAUGAGGAAGUGGAUGAAAAGCAGUGUUAAACACAGCUGUGUUCCAGAAGCGCAGCUGGUGAAACCAAAAAGCUUAGCCUUCUUGGCUAGUGGGGCACCAGCCUCCCAACACCAUAUCUCCCUCUGUCUCCUCCAAACAGACCUUAUAUCUAUAGAGCUCCUAGGGUUCUCCCUCGGAGCUGUAUCAGCCCCCACACCGUCUUCCGCGUGGUACCUGAUCAUCGAGCAUUCGCCCGUCUGCUUCCACGCAACCAUCGAAGAAUUCUAUCCGUUACACGGCCAAGAGGGCCAGAAUGGAAUUCCGCAAGGGCUAGCCCCAACUCUGUCGUUCGCUGACAGCCCGUCAGCUAAACGGAGAAGGUGCUCUCAGCUGAGAGAGUUCGCCUUUCUGCCUUGCUUACUACUGUCUAUCAUUUCUGUGUGCUCGCUUGCUAUUCUGUCUGCAGUUGCUACCUUUGUAGGAAAUCUUGGACCCCAUGGGUCCAUUCUUGGAGGCAUGUGA